UGCAGGCGGGAGGCAUGGCAGAGAGCACCAAAGCUGAGAAAUUGGAGCUCAUUAACAAGCGAAUACGAGCCUUUCCGGAUUUUCCUGUUAAAGGAAUAUUAUUCAGAGAUAUCUGCCCCAUACUAAAAGAUCCCAAAGCUCUGACCGCUGUGAUUGAUCUGUUUGAAGAACACGUUAGGCAAACGUGUCCUCAAAUUGAACUCAUCGUAGGCCUUGAUGCUCGUGGUUUCCUCUUUGGGCCCCUCUUAGCACAGAGGCUGGGAAUAGGAUUUGUGCUGGUCCGGAAGAAAGGGAAACUCCCUGGCCCUACUGUGUCUGUGUCCUAUGCUCUUGAGUAUGGGAAGGCCGAGGCUGAAAUUCAAGAGGAUGCAGUGUCUCCAGGACAGAAAGUCUUAAUUGUUGAUGACUUACUAGCCACUGGUGGGACCUUGGGUGCAGCCUGUGACCUGAUGAAGAAACAGCAGGCAGAAGUAGUGGGUUGUUUGGUGGUAAUUGAGAUGACUGAACUAAAGGGGGUGGAAAGGUUGAAGCCAUACCCUGUCUUCUCACUGGUUCACUUCUGACAAUUUGCAUUUGCCACAGGGAAGCAACCUUCAACUCUUUUUCAGAACUCGUGGAACAUGACCCAUCUGUACUGCAGGACACAUUCCUUCUAAUGUAUAGAAUUUGUUGGUUAAAUGUUAUGGGGUUAAGAAAGAUGAUUGUUAUCUAUGAUGGCUUAAAUUCCUUAUAUGGUACCAUCAAUGUAGUUUUUGUUUCCUGUUUGCUUCCAAAAAUCAUCCAAGUAAUAUUGUCUGAGGUACCCACCAUACACAAGUAGUGAGCGAAGAAAAAAAUCCAAAGGUGAAAUCACUCAUGGUGACUGUAAGAAUACCACACUUUCUACAUUUGUUCAGGGUGAUAUUAUGUUGUGCCAGUGUGCCCCUGAGCAGGAGACCUGAUCCAACAGUUUGUCCAGAGGGGUUUGUGUGUCUGUGUAUUUGUGACCUCCAACUUAAUUAUAAUAAGCUCUGCACAAGAGUUUCUGCUAAAAUCAGUGGGUAUAACCAGCUGACUAACUGAAUUUGCACAUUCUGUUUUAUACCAAUAUGUUUACCAUUAACACAGGGUCUUUUUUCAGUGCCUUGGUUAAUGUUUGCUUCAUUUACAAUAUACAGUGUAACAAUGUACAUUGAAAUCUUGAUUAAAGGAAUAGUGUACAU